AUGUUACGAAGGCGUAAUGUUAAUAUUAAAACUGUCAAAGAAUUGGAUGCAUUUCCUAAAGUUCUUGAACCCUAUGUAGACAAAACUGCAGUUGGAGGAACAUUUUCUAUAUUUACAAUCUGUGCUAUUACUUAUCUUAUAAUAGCUGAAACAAAUUAUUAUCUUGAUAGCAGAUUACAAUUCAAAUUUGAAACAGAUACGGAUAUUGAUGCAAAAUUAAAGAUAAAUAUUGAUAUAACUGUUGCUAUGGCGUGUGGUCGUAUUGGUGCAGAUGUUUUAGAUUCCACAAAUCAAAACAUGGUUGGACAUGAAACAUUAGAACAGGAAGAUACAUGGUGGGAAUUAACCCAAGAACAAAGAUCUCACUUUGAAGCAUUAAAAAGUAUGAAUUCUUAUUUUAGAGAGGAAUAUCAUGCAAUUCAUGAAUUAUUAUGGAAAUCUAAUCAAGUCACUUUACAUAGUGAAAUGCCAAAACGGACUCACCAACCCAGUUAUGCACCAAAUGCAUGUCGCAUUCAUGGUAGUUUAAAUGUUAACAAAGUUGCUGGGAAUUUCCACAUAACGGCUGGAAAAUCAUUAUCAAUUCCUAAAGGGCACAUACAUAUUUCAGCCUUUAUGACUCACAAAGAUUAUAAUUUUACUCAUAGAAUAAAUAAGUUUUCAUUUGGUGGGCCUAGUCCAGGUGUUGUUCAUCCUUUAGAAGGGGAUGAAAAAAUUGCAGACAACAAUAUGAUUCUAUAUCAGUAUUUCGUGGAAGUAGUUCCCACAGACAUACAAACAUUGUUGAGUACUUCCAAAACUUAUCAAUAUAGCGUGAAAGAUCAUCAAAGGCCAAUUGAUCAUCAAAAAGGAUCUCAUGGAAAUCCUGGAAUUUUUUUUAAGUACGAUAUGAGUGCACUUAAAAUAAAAGUCACUCAACAACGUGAUACAGUUUGUCAAUUUUUAGUGAAAUUAUGUGCCACAGUAGGAGGUAUCUUUGUUACAAGUGGAUUGGUGAAAAAUAUUGUACAAAGCUUUUGGUAUAUUGUAUGUUGCAAGUUUUUAGCAACUAAAGAAAUAAAAAAUAACCAAAAGUAUGUAAGCUCAAAUUAUCAAAUGCUUGGAACAAUAGAUCUUCUGAAUGUAUCAGCACCAGAAAAUGUCAAUAUUAUGUUUAAACCUCAAUAA